AUGAGUCGGUCUCGGUCACGGAGACUCGAAUACCCGACCCGUGCCCACAACCGGCAAUCAGGCAAGGCCAUAAAGUACCACUUCAAGCUUCAGCCCCUGUUGUUCGACUCCCAACUUCAAUCGCCUUUCACAUUCAACAGUAUUAACGAAGUCAUGACAGCGAAGACGCAGCCUUCGAAGGAAUACAAAACAAAUGGCAUGCCAUUUCGCCGUUUGGGACCAAGUGGAUUGAGAGUUCCGUUAUUCUCACUUGGAGGAUGGCUGACUCUGGGAGGCACCGUUGUUGGCGACCCGGUAAAGGAAAUAGUCAAAACGGCCUUUGAGCACGGAAUCAACAUGAUUGACACUGCUGAAGUGUACUCGCAAGGACAAUCUGAAAUCGAGAUUGGCCGGGUCAUUAAAGAAUUGGGAUACCGACGAAGUGAUCUCAUUAUCACAACAAAAGUCUACUGGGGCGUUAGGUAUGGAAGCCCGAAUGACACUGGGUUGAGCAGGAAACAUAUCAUCGAAGGAACUAAGGAAUGCCUCGAACGACUUCAAAUGGACUAUGUCGAUGUUAUCUUUGCUCAUCGUCCAGAUAACACUGUGCCCAUGGAGGAGGUGGUUCGCGCUUUCAACUACGUGAUAGAACAAGGAUGGGCAUUCUAUUGGGCAACAUCAGAGUGGAGCGCCCGCGAGAUUGAGGAGGCACAUCACGUAGCGAGUAAAUUUGGCUUGAUUGGACCGAUUGCGGAGCAGUGCGAACACAAUAUGUUCCAUCGGGAGCGCCCUGAGGGUGAAUACGACCCAAUCUAUAAAAAAUACGGCACGGGGACGACAGUAUGGUCGGCUCUUGCUGGUGGUCUGCUAACCGGAAAGUACAACGAUGGUAUACCGGAAGGGUCGCGUUUUGCUACCCACUCCUUUAUGCAGAGCACUGUCAAGAGUCUGCAACGUAAAGAGGGUCAAGAAAAGAUCCGCAAAGUUCGCGAGCUCUCAAAGUUGGCCAAAGAAGAGUUCAAUACGACGGCUACUGCGCUGGCUCUGGCAUGGGUGGCCAAGAACCCGAACACGUCGACUGUGAUUCUCGGAGCAUCCAAGCCUCAGCAAAUCAUUGAUAAUCUGAAAGCUCUUGAAGUUCUCCCCAAGCUCACACCUGAGAUAAUGGAAAAGAUUGAAAAGAUACUCGGAAACAAGCCAAAGGCGACGCAUCCUCGAGGUAGGCCGCCUUUGGACAAGCUCGCAAAAUUGUAA